AUGGCGCUAUCAGAUGCUGAGAAGGCGGCUUUGGAGCCCUUGUUUGUGAAGAUUGACGCUGAGAAGAUUGGAGGUGAAGCCAUGGAGAGUCUCUUCCAGCACCAUCCAGACACAAAGUCCCACUUCACUCACAUGGAUGUGACCCCUGGCAGUCAAGAUCUGAAGACACAUGGAGGGAAGAUCAUCCAUGCCAUUAAUGAUGCCCUCAACCAUUAUGGAAAUCUGCAGGAGAACUUGGCCACACUGCGGGAGAUGCACACCAACAAGCUGAAGCUCAAUGUGGACACCAUCAAGCUGCUGUGUGGUUGUCUCCUGGAGGUCAUCUGCAAGCAUUUCCCGGAUGUGGACAAGUCGGCCUGUGACAAGUUCCUAAAUGAGGUUGCAGUUGCCCUGAUCUCCAGCUGACCGGGAGGCAUCUUCCUCAGAUCUAUGUCCAUGUGUCUCCUGUAACAAGCGUCUGUCCUCCAUGAUACUGAUGACUGCUCCAUGACCUGGGAUCUCCAUUCUUAUCUGUAAUAAAUAUUAUAUACUUGUA